AUGUCUAAGUCAACGACCCUCCGUCCCGAGGAUAUCUUUUCCGACGAUUCGAGCUUCUACGGUGGGCUACUGAAAGACAAUGAACGAGAUCCCCUCCAUGCUGACAGUGCCACAGGCUCCGAGGGGGAAAUAGAAGAGCUGACACGGGAGGCAGCUGAAUACAGUCCAGAGACUUAUUGGACGCACAUUCACCCACAUCUCCUAUCCACUAUCCAGGCUCGAAGACAAGAAGAGAAUAAAAAGCCACCGGCCGUGGCCGAGGAAAAGAAUAACGAAGCGGCACACUCUCCUAUGGACAUUGACACUGACACCGUUUACCUCCCACGCAACAUGUCUAGUGAGCAUGAGACCAGCGCCAAUUUUCUCAGCAGACUUCCCGCUUCGAGCACAAGGGAAGAGAACAUUGGCUCGUGGAUUUACGCGUACCCCGCCAAACGUGUCCGCGACAAUGAAGACCGAGCAGGGUUCAUGAAAAAGGGCCUGGAAGCCCUCCACGCAUACGUAGCUCAAGAAGCCAAAUUGCGCUACGAAAAUGACAAGAAGAAAGGAAGUGCUAUUGCGCUGAGCAGGAAGGUCAAGCCGCUGCAGCGUGAGCUAGAGAAAGAGCUCCUCGAACUAGCACGCGAGACCAACUGCAUCUCAGGCAAAUGGAUGAUGUUUAUCACACCGGACAGGGUCGAUUCUUAUUGGGCUGCUGUCGCGGGUGCCACCAUGAAAGGCCAGCUAGGGAUUGCUGCUAAGGUGGCCACGCAGUCGGAUAUGGAUGCUCAGGGCAAACCUAGACUGAUCGCAGUCUACACGAAGGACUAUGAGGAUAUUGCGGACAUAAAGAGGGUUCUGAGAAAGCUUGUUGAGUUGGAUCUUGUUAAGAGGGAAGAGAGACCGAUAUACUAUAAACGGGAUGCUUGGACGUACCUGGAAAUCAUGUCGGGAAACAAGUAUGGCCUGAAGGCGACUGCAUUUUCUAGCGCGGACGUUUUGGGAGGAAAGGUCUGA